AUGUUACUACUUACACUUUUAAUCUACUCCGUCUACUCCAGUGAAGUGUAUAGAAUCACUCCAAAGACUUUUGAUAAGGUCACAACGGGUGCAGAUAUUUUAAUUCGGUUCUGCCCAAUGUUAGAUGCCGAGUGCAGAAGUACACAAUCUUCUUUUGAGGGCUUGGCAGAUUCAUUUGAGGAGUACGACGACCUUGCUUUUGGUGAGUUCGACUGUUCGAAAUAUGCCGACUUUUGUGACGAACACAAUCUGAGUAAGAAAUGGCCUCUUUAUGUAGCAUACACUCAAAAUGAGAAUGGUGUUCAGCUUUAUCCAUGGGACCACGACGUGAACAAAUUGAGUCGUUUCAUCUAUCAAGUCUUUCAAUUGGUCAAUUCCACACAAUCAUAUAUCAAGAGAUUGACAAACAAAACCUUUGAUAAAUACAUCAAUGAUGUCAACAAACAAGCUAUAGUGUUAUUCUAUACAUACACAUGUUACUAUGGCAGAGAGCAACUGGAGCUGUUCGAGAACAUCGCAACAGGGUAUGGCAACGAAAAGGACUUGGUCAUUGCUGCUGUGGAGUGCACUUUUUACAAAGAUUUGUGUGACUCGCAGAACGCAAAAGAACUUCCCGAGUUAAAGAAGUAUUCGUUCACAGAUAAACUCGCAUUCCCCGUUCGCAGACCGAAAGACCAACAAGAACUCAGUGAAAUCAUCAACAAAUUUUUCAUGAAGGAUCGAGACCAAUACGGAAACAAGCCAGACACGUUCGGCACGUUCUACGAGUUCGACAAAGAAGCAGUCGACUUUAUUCAUCAAACACCAGAAGAACAAGAAAAAAGAAUUCAGAAGUGCAGAGAGUUCAUCGUCGGUAACACUUAUGUCGAUAUUAUGAGAAAGAUCCAAAGCACUAAAUCAAUGGACUUCAUUGAUAAUGAAAUUCAAGAGAUCCAAUUCCAUUUGAGUGCUCUCAGAAGCAACUACUCUCCAGCAGAGAUCGACGAUAAACAGCGCAGACUCAACGUUUUAAGGAAGUUCUUGUGA